AUGUCUUCUCAACCUGUCAAUCCGCCUAUGCUGCAGGACCAUGAUGCCCUGAGAAAAAUGUUCGAAGAAAAGGCCGACUCCAUCUUGGAAUGGCUAGAAUCGAAAAGCCAGGUCUCUUAUGACUAUGAUACCCUCCGUGAAAUCGGCGUUCUUCUCCACCAUAUGGAUGUCACAUAUGACCAAGAGUCCCUUGACUUUAAGCUUUUAUCCGAGAAAGAAUACAGCACAUACAAAAUCGACAGCGCUAGGAUCCCUAAACAUAUGCGCCAUCACUAUGACGGUUUUGACAAGGCCUUUCAUUUGUCUUUCUCAUACCCACUAUCAGACCCACUACCAGGCACCGAACUUGUGUAUGAGAAGGCCUUUCAAAUCGCCAGAUAUAUCGACAUCCUUCAAGACUACUCUAAGAAAGAUGAUCCCGAUAAUACCUCUUCGAUAGAGAAAAACUCGAACUGGUAUGAGAUCUUGGCCGAGGAUUCCUUUGAGGAUGGGCCACAAGGAAUGUUACAUGGUUUACAUAUUGGGCAUUCGAAACCUCUCGAUCUUUCAAGAUGGAGAGCCGUAAGUUACCGACAAUGGCAAGAGGACCCUGAGGACCCAGACACAAUCCGCCCGCAUGUUAUGCUUAUGAUAUGCACCGGCGCGGUAGCAAAGUCUAAUAACCUUCUCCAUGGCGAGAUUGGGCCGAUUGUUAAUACAAUCCAGUGCCGUCUCCUCCAGGAGGAGUUUAAGCAGACUUCGAGUUUUCCGGUUCUCGUCAUCUCGCUGUUUGGCCCAAGACAGGGGCGUAUGCUCUAUGCCCGAUUCAACAUCGACGGUACUUUGAUUGUACGAGCGUCAGAUAUCUUUGAUUUCAAGAAGAAGAACCAAGAGGGAUUUGACCUCUUCAUGCGCUACUACAACUGCGAACCCGAAGAUACGGCCGUCCUAUCGAAAACUCUCCAUCUCCCACUAUCACCAUCGGCCGUACCUCGCAAGUCCGGAAUUGUUGAUACCCCAAUCACGUCAUUCUCCGUAUCGGAGAACGUCCCCCACGCGGAUUAG